GUCCGCCCGCGGCGGGGCCGGCCCUUCGCCCGCCCACCGGCCCCGCGCUCACUGCCCGCGCCCGCUGCCCGCCGCCUGCCGCCCCGGCCACCCGCGCGCGCUCCAUGGCUGCUCAGGAGUGGGACUGGUUCCAGCGCGAGGAGCUCAUCGGCCAGAUCAGCGACAUCCGUGUGCAGAACCUGCAAGUUGAGAGGGAAAAUGUGCAGAAGAGGACUUUUACGCGAUGGAUAAACCUACACCUGGAAAAGUGUGACCCACCUCUAGAAGUUACAGACCUAUUCGUUGAUAUCCAAGAUGGCAAAAUCCUAAUGGCUUUGCUAGAAGUCCUCUCCGGGCGAAAUCUGCUGCAUGAAUACAAAUCCUCAUCACAUCGUAUUUUUCGGUUGAACAACAUAGCAAAAGCACUUAAGUUUCUAGAAGAUAGCAAUGUCAAGCUAGUUAGCAUCGAUGCAGCAGAAAUAGCGGAUGGCAACCCCUCGCUGGUUCUCGGGUUGAUAUGGAACAUCAUUCUCUUCUUCCAGAUAAAGGAGCUCACGGGCAACCUCAGCAGGAGUUCCCCAUCUUCCAGUUUGUCACCUGGCUCGGGGGGCACAGACUCCGACUCCUCCUACCCACCCACCCCCACCACAGAGAGGAGUAUGGCGGUAUCAGUGAAAGACCAGAGGAAGGCCAUCAAGACCCUGCUGGCAUGGGUGCAGCGGAAAACAAGAAAGUAUGGUGUGGCGGUCCAGGACUUUGCGGGCAGCUGGAGGAGUGGGCUGGCUUUCCUGGCUGUCAUCAAAGCCAUUGAUCCCAGCCUGGUGGACAUGAAGCAGGCUCUGGAAGAUUCCACCCGGGAGAAUCUGGAGAAGGCCUUCAGCAUUGCACACGAUACCUUGCACAUCCCUAGGCUCCUGGAGCCGGAAGACAUCAUGGUUGACAUGCCGGAUGAACAGUCCAUUGUGACGUAUGUGGCCCAGUUUCUAGAACGCUUUCCAGAGUUGGAGCCUGAAGAGUUUGUGAAUCCAGACAAAGAAGCUCCCAUUGAGUCCACCUUUGUCCGAAUCAAAGAAAGCCCUUCUGAACAGGAGAGCCGGGUCCUCCUCCUCAGCGAGAAUGGAGAGCGAGCUUACACUGUCAACCAUGAAACCAGCCACCCUCCUCCUGCCAAAGUCUUCGUUUGUGACCAGCCUGAGAGCACAAAGGGUUUCUGUCUGGGUGCCGUGCCCAGCCACAAGUUGUCGGACAGCGCGACUGAGUUUAUGCACCAGAUUAUUGACCAAGUCCUCCAGGGGAGCCCAGAGAAGACCGGAUCCAGCACCGAGCCAGUUCCAGAAUCUUCCAUCUUAUCAACCAGAAAGGACGGCCGGAGGUCCAACUCUUUGCCGAUCAAGAAAUCCGUCCACUUUGAGGCUGACUUGCACAAGGAUGCCUCAUGUAGCAAAGACCCUUUCUACAGCUCAGACUUCCGCUUUGAGGGGAGCCCAAAGGCGGCAAAGGAUCUGUUGAAGCAGGAUGGUCAUGGCUCAUUGGCUGAGGUUGCCAAGGAAAAGAAGAUAGACCAGGAAGCCAGGCCAGUGCCUGAAACUGCCUCAGACAGGGGCCCUGAAGACAUUGUUGGUGUGGAUGGCGUGCCCCAUCAUGAUCAGCCUCCUCAGGACCCCUCAUUCUGUAAUGGCAGUGUAGAGACUCAAGCUAGCCAAGGUGAGAAAGGCCCUUCUCUUCCAUCCCCUGCAGAUCAUACAAUCCUGGCCAACUCCACUGAACUCAAGGUUCAGCUGCUGACUGUCGAGCCUAUGGAUAAAGAUGACUAUUUUGAAGGCAUCCCACUGAAAGCUUCCAAGUUUAACAGGGACCUCGCAGAUUUUGCCUCCACCAGCCAGGCUUUUGGUGAGGAUCCCUCACCCCCUGAGAAGACCCCUGGGGAGGAAGAGGAGCUAGAGAAUAACACUGAGAAACCGGGGAAAAGGAAAUCAAAGUCUCCCCACACAGAGACAGAGUCACCUGAAUCCCAAUCGGAGGCUGACAAGCACGAGCCUCCUCCCAAGGGCCCAGAACAAGAAGAUCAAGACCAUCCUUUGCCCCCAGAAGAAAUGCCUGCAGAAAAGAAACCCGAAGUAUAUGAAAAGGCCAAGAGAAAGUCCAUUCGGCAUCGCAGCGAGGAGGAAGGCGAAGCGGAAGGCCUCUCUGCGGUUGGCGGAGAAGUGCCAUCCAACCCUCCAAGUACCAGCGUCAGCCUGGAAACCCUCAGGAGUCACAGUGAAGAAGGGCUGGAUUUCAAGCCUUCUCCACCACUCUCGAAGAUCUCCGUCAUCCCCCACGACCUGUUCUAUUACCCGCACUACGAGGUGCCCCUGGCUGCAGUACUGGAGGCUUAUGCGGAAGGUGGGGAGGAUUUGAAAGGCGAAGAUCUAGGGGAGCCAGAAGAGGGCUAUCUUCAGGACUCCAGGGAGGAGGAGGAGGCCCACAGCUCCCAAAGCAGCUGCAGCUUCUCCUCGCCUGUUGACAACGGCCACCCCAGCACCGGUGACCAGGUGUCCCAUGUUGAUGGGACUUCUGAGGGGCCCACAUCAACCUCAAGACCUGGUUCUCCACCCUCUUAUGAGGACCAACAGAGGGAAACCAAAGAGAAUGGCCCCGUGGAGAGCCAGCAGCCCCAAGAACCCCCAAAUCUGGAACUCCCUGAAAAGCCAUUAGAAGAAAAGUCAGUGGAAGCCUCAACUAGCAGUAAAAAGAAAGAAAAAAGGAAACAUGUGGACCAAGUAGAAAGCUCAUUAUUUAUAGCCCCUGGGACUGUCCGCUCCUCAGACGACCUUGAAGAAAACCCCUGUGAACACAAGGUCCCUUCCAGGAAUAGCCACAGUGACUCCAGCAUUUACAUUCGGCGACAUGCUAAUAGGUCUUUGGAAUUGGACCAUUUUAGCUAUGUUCAAUUGAGGAACGCAGCCGAUCUGGAUGAGCGGAGAAACAGAGUGUUAAACAGGUACAAUUCUCAGAAGCUCACUGAGCUGAUUUUACAGUUUUACGGCAUCAGAGCAGACAUGAAGCGGGAAUACAAACAUGCCAGGCUGUCUAGGACUGGCACCAACUCCUCUGGAGAAGCCGUGCCCCUGGGGAGCCAGAGCCCACCCAACGACUCCCUGACCCAGUUCGUACAGCAGCCCGAUGUGGUCUAUUUCAUUCUUUUCCUGUGGCUACUGGUCUACUGCUUGCUGCUCUUCCCCCAACUUGAUGUCAGCCGGCUCUGAAACGUGUGUCUGGAGAAUAAAAAGACAGGACCCUAACCCGGGUGGAGUUUGCCUCCUACAUCUUAACUGUCUGUUCGGGGUCAAGCCCCUUCUACAGAGAUGGAAGACCUCAGAGGGAGCACAGGCCCCACCUCCUGUUGCUGUCUGGUUCAGUCUCUGCUCAGUUUCCUCUUGGUUCUCUAAGACCUGAGAGCAUGCUUCCCUCCCUGACUGUGUGCUCCGAGCUCAGGUUGGAGACUGUGUCUGUGAACAGGAUUCCUCCUUAUGUGCCUUGUUUGAUCGAUGUGCGUCCUUACUAAUGUGUACCCCCAAACCUGGGGCUUAGCAUGUGAACAUGUAGGUUUCCAAGCUCCUAGAGGAGCUUGAGUUACUUACUUUUAUCUCAGGGGAGGGUCUGCCUGAUUUCAAGAAAGAACAGAGUCCAUAUUAGGAAGGAAGGUACGCUGUUCUCCACGUGUGAGUGUUUGAGUGAAGAUGCUAUGGCUCCUGUGAACCUCUCCCAGCCUGACGACCUGUUGUGUUCACUGGCACACACCUGCCUGCUCCCCAGAAAUUACACCUGGGCAUUGGCAGACUCCAAAGAAGAGGGUUCUCUGCCAGCUUGGUUGUGAGCCACGGCAGUCUUUCACCUUGGUGUUCUUCGAUGGUUGUAUGUUUAAUUCACUUUUGCAUUGAUUGGAUUGUACUUUGCAAUCCUUCUCCACCAGUAGGACCUCCCAUCAGAUGAAGGAGGAGGAGGAGUCAGUCUAGAUUUGCAUUAAAAGCAAGAUUCUGGCUGUCUCAGAUAGCCCUGAGACUUCCUCCCAUCCUGCAGAGUUUUCUGUACAGAAUCUGAAGUCCUUCUGGGGCUGUAUGCAUGGCCCCAGAGUGCUGGACGUGCCGGGGUCAGAAUAAGCUCCUGUGGUGGAACGGAAGAGUUUCUGCAGGUUUCUGGACUCAGGAUACACACCUUGGCACCAGCAUCCUUCGUAGUCAGCCAUAAUGGAGACCUUGAAAAGACUUUGUGGGAAGCACCAGGGUGUAUAGGCCAGGGCAGGCAGCUUGUAAAAGGAGUGGCUUCUUUCCUCACCCCCCUUUUGUCCUCAGCCCCGCCCCAGCAUCCUCUUGCCCUCUUCUCUGUACAAAGGCUCAGGUCUGGGAAGACUCUAGGUCCCUCCUCCCCUUGUCAUCCCUCUCUAAAAGCACAUACUACACAGCCCUUAUAAAACUGUAAACUGAGCCGGGCAGUGAUGGCACACACCUUUAAUCCCAGCACUUGGGAAGCAGAGGCAGGCAGAUCUCUGAGUUUGAGGCCAGCCAGGGUUAUGCAGACAAAUCCUGUCUCGAAAACCAGAAAGAAAAAAAUAAUAAUAAAAACCACAAGCUGUUAGUCAGGAGAAGGCCUCAUGGAACAUUUUAUUUAGCUGAACUCAGAGAGGCAAAGCAGGCUGCCCAAGGUCUCACAGCCCAUCAGAAGCAGACUGGCCGUGAGCGCACAGGCCACAUGACCCCCCAGUCUAGAACUGUUGCUUUUUUUUUUUUUUUUUUUUUGAGAAAACUUCCAGCAAGGUACACAAAUGUCCUGGAAGGGAAAAAAAAAAAAAACUAAGUAAAAUGUUCUCACUCAAACAAAGCCAUCAUUUUUCAACCUUUUAUUUAACCUUCAGGCUUAUCCUUAGCUCCUUCUAGAGUGUUCUUGACAACUGCAAAGGCUUGUGCACUGCUCAUUUCUCUUGUUGCUGUGACAGAAUACGUGGCAGAAAACAACUGAAGAAGGGGGUUUGGAGCUCACUGUUCCAGGGUCACCGUCCAUGAUAAGGGGGUCACAGCAGCAGGACUGUGAGCUGGCUCGUCACACCGCUCUGUCAGGAAGCAGAGAGACGCGAACGCUGGUACGCUGCUCACUUUCUCCUUUUUGUUCAGCCCAGGACCCCCAGCCCAUGGCAUGGUGCUGCCCACAUUCAAGGUGGGUUGUAUCUCGUUAGUUAAGACCUUCUGGAAAGACCUCUAGGGUCACAUCCAGAGGUGUGAUACUAAAUGCCAUCAAAUCGACAAUGAAGAUGGAGCAUCACGUCUUGCCUUUGACAUGUGAGCAUUGUUCUUAGUCCGGGAGUCAUUCUCUUUAAGCAAGCCAAAGACUUGCUUGCUUUUAAAUACAAUUAAAACAAUUUAUGUAGCACAUUGAGUCAUGACGGCCAGAAACCUGGCCUCUCAACCAUUUUGAUUGGCAUCUGCCUCCCCUCCCAGAAAGAACUGAGACCUUCCAAGGGGGAAAGCUCUUCUGAGCUUAGAGAAAUUCCAGGUUGAAUUUUCUCCCUAGAAAGAGAACUUACUUAAAGAGCUCCCUGGUCCUAUUAGAAGUUCAAAAGCACAGAUGAUAAAGGUUCUGUGUGAGAUGUUUUAUGUCCUCGCACACAGCAGUUCUCUCCCAGAUGAGGUACCAAAGAAGAGCUGGCCCAGAUGUGAAUCAUGUGUUUUAUGGGACUAGACCAGGCUCAGAAGUCUGCACGCUGCUUCUCUCGCCUCCCACAGUUGCUAACAGCCUUUAAAAUGUCUUCAGGUAAGAUGCCCAGAGUCACUGGGUUCGGUCUGGCAGGAAGUCGACUUUCCUUUAAAGGGAAAAGCAAUCUCAUGGAGUGUAGGGGUGAAUAGAAGAGGUGACUGUGGAAAGCCACUGGGCAAGCCAUCAAUCUCUUGACGUUUUUAAAAGAUUAACUUUAAAGUGUGUGUGUGUGUGUGUGUGUGUGUGUGCGCAUAAGUACAAGUACCAUGGAGGCCCUAACCUAAGACGGUAUCAGAUCCCCUGUGUGGGCGCUAAGAACAGAAGCCGGGUCCUCUACAAGAGCAGCAUGUACCCAUCACCACGGGUCAUGUCUCCAGCCUUGCUUAGCAUCUGUUAAAUGAGAAAAUGCUGUAGGUUUGAAAUGAGGACAGCUGCCCCUGAGGCUUGCUUGUGCUGGUAGCCCCUUUCAUCACUUUAAGCUGUUCUUCUAUUCCCCUCUGUGCUUCUGUGUGACACACAACAGGCUUGCUAAUACCUUAGAUGGGAAUUCCCCUCUCACCAGUACCAUACGGGGUUUCUUCAAUAUAGUUAGAUCACGUGAUGGAUGCAUCUCUAUUUCAUGAAAAUGCUGUCUUGGGCAUGUGGGUACUGCAACUUCUGAGCUAAGUUGUGGGCAGUGGUUACAUAUCCUUGCUUGUUGGUAUCUCCUUCCUUCCCUCCUUCCCCCCUUUCUUCCUUUUCCUUCUGUGUCCCCUCCCCUUCCCCCUCCAUUCAUUCUUCACUAACUUCUUGAGAAAUGGAGCUUGAGAAAUAAAUGUAAAUAUUUUUAAGGUUUUUUUUUUUUUCCCCAUGACUUCAAGUGUCUGUCUUCUGCCCUUACCAUGUGGCUGGGCAUAGAUCUGCAGGUGGAAAUGGUGCCCUCACCACUGCUUGCCAAUGACAUUAUUAAAAUUUCUGAUGCCAUUCCUGUCCCCAUGCCUUUAUGCAUGACGUGAACUUUCCCCAUUUCUGGAGAUAACAUCAAUCUCUUCUUGGGGACCUGACCUGAUGCUGUCGUACCCUUGCUGUGGUCCCUAUUUCCUCACGGAAAUUUUCUUAAAUUCUCUUGCAGUUGCUUGCUUGCUUUCUGAAUCCCUGGCUCAUCUAAUAUUUGUAUCUAUUUUAAAUCCCUCACCUCUGAAUUUGUCUGCUUUCCACCUUCUUUUCCCAACAUGAAUGUUUUAUUUUUUAACUUCUGAAAAUCUCCUUCCUAUUCUCUGAGUUUUGUUGCAUGACGCCCUGUUCUUGGUUCAGGGGUGCGGGUCUUCUCUGUGGGCGAUACAAGUGUUGGGGGCAUUGUCUGCUCUCAGAAUUGCCUUCAUUUCCUCUAAGUUUCGUUUCUCUCGGUUGGGCUCAGCCUCCACCUUUCGCAUUAUGAAUAAAUACCUGUGUCUAUUCCUAUUUAAAGGUGAUGUACCCAGGAGCUGGCAGGAAGCUCCGAUGACCAUCUGGUAGACUAGUGUCCCCCAGUGGUCUGGCUUACCUCUGAAGACCCUACCAUAUCAGUCACUGCGUGUGUCUUGUGGAGCUUAUUCCGUGUGCUUACAGAUCUUCCCACCGCUCCUGCACGGAAAAGAGGGACACGCACCAGGCUGCUGAUAGCCCGUGCAGUGCACUUGUGCAGCGCAGUAAUCCUGUCUCCUCUGGGCAGAAGCCACCCACCAUACACGCUUGGUUUAACUGGCAGAGGUUGGCUAUUUUGUUUUUCUCUGAGCAGAUCAGUCCUCAACUAGGACAGAGACUGGGUUUUAACUCCCAGAUGCUCCCUUGACCAGAUGCAUAAACCAUAGGAUAGGACCUGGAGACCCCUAAGAACUGAGUCCAGACUUUGAAGAAUCUGUCUCAGUAAUCACCAUGUAACCUGAAGUUGCUCCUGCCUUGCUUAGUCUUGUGUGCCUAGAUUGCACUUUUUUCUUGUUCUCUAUUAUAGAGGCAAAGCCUUCGUCUGGCUGCAUGGGAGGGGCAGGAGAUUAGCAUCAAGAAUUAGUACCAUAUCUUACCCCACCUUCACCGUUCCAUGCACAAGCCCCCUUAGGUGCCAAAGUGGGAGGUUCUUCAGUGCUGCCCCUGCAGGCACGUGGUGUGAGGACCCUUCCGUCCUUCCGUCUUAGUGGACUCUACUUCAGCUCUGAAUGGAUGGUGUCUGUGGCCUUCUGUCUACUCUUUCCCGUCCAUGACUAUGGAACUUUCUUUCCUUUCCGUUUAUUCUGACUGACAAAAUAAGUAAGCAAUAUGUUCUGUACUCUUAGUUUCACUGCUGUUUGGUUUUGGUUUUUUUGAGACAUAGUCUUGCUAAAUAGCCCAGGCUGGCCUUGAACUCCUGUUUCUCCUGCCCCAUUCUCCUAAGUGCAUGCACUACCCUGCUUAGCUUCAGUGUGCCAUCUUGAUCCAUAAAUGCCUUUGGGUUUUCUUGAUAGUGGGUUAGGUGGCUCAUUGUCCUGCUAAAUUCGGUGUCCUGGGUGAAUCUUCUGAAACUAUAAGACAGCAAGGGUGGGAGAGCAUCAGGUGGCACAAGAAAGCUCUGUUUGAAGGUCGUGGCUUGAAGCAUUCCUCCUCCUCCUCCUCCUCCUCCUCCUCCUCCUCCUCCUCCUCCUUCCUUUCUAGUUUUGCCGCCUGCUCCCACGGAACACUUAGAUCUCCAAAAUCCUCACAAGAUGUAGUCUGUGAGGUCACAUGGUUUCUACCCUUGCUAUACCUGCCACCCCACCCCCGACUUCCAUGCAGGGAACAGGUUGUCCACACUGGCCUUUGCAGACAAGGUUCUCUACUAGUUAUGCUUGGAGUUUGGGCAGAAUUUUCCCUUAGAAGCUGUGGUUUUCCUUAGCAUUGGUGACGAAGUCUAGAAGCUGCUGGACAGAUGUGUCCUUAGUGGAGAAAUGUACUCCAACACUCUCUCUGACCCAGGACCUGUGUUUGUCCACUGCAGGGCUCAGCCCGGUCAGCAGUGCUCACCUGCACUGUAAGCAGUGGCGUUGAGAAGGCAGGGAUUCUCUAAGUCACAAUCUCUUUGGUGGCUUUGGGGACCAUGUGAAGGUUCAGUGUCCUCUUUAGAGGUGAAGCUGAGGGGGAGGAUCAUGUGAGUCUACAGCUGCAACUCUGGUCCAGGCAGAUGGUACCCAAAACAAAAAGCAAACAAACCAAACCUGAAGAAAGCAAAACCGAGAACACACAGCCUCAUCACUUUUCUAGCCGGUGGCUUUGGGAUAGCCAUUCCUUCCUUCCCAAGGAAGGCUUGUAUAACACUGCAGCCACCCUUCGUGAGGCCUCCGAACACCACUGGAGCGCAUCUCACCACCACAAGUCACCCAAUGGAGUAGGAGACACCUCGGAAGAACAUAGCCUGCCUUCCGUGGUGAGAGCAGUCUCUUUCCGUGAAUGUCAUUGUCAUGAUGGCAUGGACUCCUCCCUGAGAUUUCAUCUUCUCAAACUCCAGAGGGCUGAGUGCAGUCUGAGGCCCAGCCUCCUCCCUCCCUCUCUUGCUUAGAGACACUGUCCUUAGGGAUCACCACUGAUUUUCCUAUCUGGACUCCAGGUGAGGCAGGUGCAACAUCCAGGGUCUGGGCCCGAGUAGCCCGUGAGUCUUCUAGUCUAUCCCGGAGAGGGGAUGCUCUCACGAGCACAUCUCGGAUCUGGGUGAAUGACUGAAGACAUGGUGCUGGUGUCUCUCUCAUUGUCUGAAAACUGCUGUGGAGGUUUUCCCUUACCCUUUAGCCAAAGUGAGACAGAACAGCCUUGCCUGGACUGCACCUCCUCCCUGACUUUCACUUGACUAUGGCUUCUGCCUGCUUCUCUUGAGGCCCACUCUGCCUCAUCAUCCAGCAGCUUUUACAAGAGGAAGUGUUAAGUCAUUGUAAACUCACUUGGCCAACUGUCCAGGGAAGUAUUUCCUUAUGGGAGGAUCAAAAAGACUGGCUCCAGAGAUAAGGUGGUCACAGCCUCCAACUAAUUAACUCUGGCAGGAGAUUUACUGCUUAGGAUCUCUGGGAGUUCAAGGGCAUCCUGGCCUACAAAGUGAGUUCUAGGAUUGCCAGAGUUACACACAGAGAAACCCUGUCUUGUCUUGAACAUCCUCCCCCCCCCACCAGAAAAGAAGAAAAAUGAAGUGAUAAUCUAAGGAGAUACUGAUUUGGGGGCUCUAGUCUACUUGGGAGUUGUGGGUGGGAUUCUCUGAGCCAGCCCUUCUUUACCCCAUCCCUACCCACUGUCUUCCCACCAAGUUUUUGCCCAUUUUGACCUAACCUGUGCAUAGCUACUUAAAAUAGCAUGAAAUCCAUGGUUAACCUACAAAUGUAAAUUUACAGCAAAUAUAUAUGUUUGGCUCUAGCCUGUAGCAGCAAAAGCUCACUAUUCCAAACCAAACCCACAGCCCCUCAGUAACUUCAACCAGCACCGUACCCUGCCCCCAACUGCUCCCUGUCUCCACCUCCAAUGCAUGCUUCGACAUAAACCUAGAGAAAGAAGGGUUUAGGAGAACAUAGUGAAGAGUGAGGAUUGAAAGCCAACCAUGUUGUGCACACCUAGAAUCCUAGCAUGGAGGCAUCUGGGAAAGGAAGAUUGUCAACCUGGCUCAAGGAGCAAAAUCCUAUCUCAAAAGAAGAAAAUAAAAACAACAAACAAAAAAACAAAUGGGCAAAAAAAAGAAAGAAAUUCCCACAAAAUAAACUUUAAAAAAGAUUUAUUUGUAUGUUAAUGUGUGUGAAUGUUUUGCCUGCAUGUGUGUAUUUGUACUAUGUGUGCAGUGCCUAUAGAGGCCAGCGUAGAGUGCUGGGUCCCCUGGAACUGGAGUUACAGAUGGUUUUGAGCCACGUAGGUUGCCUGCAAGAGUGGCAAGUGCUGAGUCACUGCGCCGUUUCUCAAGCCCCUCAAACAAACAUUUUCAAGCGUUAAAAUAGGAGCGGAAGACCAUGAAUUCCGUGGAUAAAGUUAUCAUCACCCUCUCUUACAUGAGAAUCAUUUUUUCUUUAAGUUUAAAAGUCACGAAUUUUUGCAUCGUUAUUUAAAAAAAGAAAUAGAGAAACCUCAUUUAGUUGAGGCUUGUUUCAUUGUGACAGCGAAUGCUUGUUUUCCCAGCACAUCAAGUCUGUAGGCACUGAGACUGCAAGGCUGUGUGGGGAGAGCAGCCACGGAAUGCCUGUGCUCUCGAAUGUCAGGUGAGGACAGAGACAAUGUCUUAAAGGAAAGUUGGGGAGUUCCCACGCUUGAGACAGCCCUGGCCUGGGAAUCACACCUCAGACUGCAUUUACCUCUCAGGGUGGAAGGUUGGAGAACCACAAACAAAAGUCCUCUCAGGGCUUAAAGCUCCAGGUUUAAAAAGGUCUUGUUUGUUUUUAUCUCUGUAAGUGGCCUAUUUGCUUAAUAAGUGCGCUUGUGUCAAGGAGUGAACUGCCAAAACUUAGAGCUUGUGUCAGGCUGGAUGUCUGAAAAAGGUGCCUUGUGUGUGUGUGGGGGGGGGGGAGUGGCCUGACAGUUACAAGGUUUGAAGUGGAACUUUGGAGCUCUGAGUCAGCACCCCAGACAGUGUCCCAGGGGGAAUGUCUUUGAAAUUCAAGAAUUUAGCUCUAGGAAUAAUUAGCUCCUGCCUGGAUCUUUCCAUCCCUCCCAGCCUUUUCCUCUUACUCUAGCAAAGAGAGUUCUGUAGAGCAUCCCUGGGGAGGGUGUGGUAGGGAGGCAGGCUCUACAGUGAGAGGUGCCCCUGCCUUCUGCCCUUGAAACUGGACCUUACAAUACUACCUGCAUUAUUUACUUCUGUGCUGAUAAUAUCAGCCAAAGACAAACAGGAAAAUGUUCCUCCAUCCCAAGCACUGUCGGGACAGGUUGUGAAGCCUGGAGACAGAAUGGUAUUCUGUCUUGAAUUCCCCUUGGAUGGGGAUGGGUGUUUUGUUCCUUCGGGGCCUGGGGUAUCGUUAACAGAAUUAAUAUUUUCUUAACAGCAUGGCAGAGAAUCUCAUGGCUUGUGCCUGAAAGUUGCAGAACUGUUGGAGACAAAAGCAAAGUGUUAUUUUGUGGUACAAGGAUUAUUUUGUCUAUUUAGUGUGCAGAGCUAUAGCUUUAUGAAAACAAAAGGGAUCUUUGUAAAAAAAUAUGUUGUGUGAAUGUGCGCUCUUAUUUAUUGAUUAUUGUAAAUGGAGAUAUAAAUGAAUACUUGCAUAAUUUAUACCUGUGGGAAACCCCCUGGAGUGUUUGUUACUCGACAGUUUUCUAUCACGGAACUUUGGGCCUGGUGCUAUGAGGAAUGACCUUGUAAAAUCAUAUGUAUUCUUAAGAAAAAUUUUCAAAAUAA